GCGCUCCCCGCGCAGCGCCGGGCUGGCGGGGCCGCGCCGCGCCGGGCCAUGGACCACCACCUGCGCCGGCUGAAGCAGGAGCUGCUAUCCAUGAAGGAGGUCGGAGACGGGCUGCACGAGCAGAUGAACUGUAUGAUGGGUGCCCUGCAGGAGCUGAAACUCCUCCAGGUGCAGACAGCGUUGGAGCAGCUGGACAUCUCAGGGAGCCGAAGCGCUGUGUCUGGCGCUGAGCAGCGCCAGUGCUGCCAAAGCAGCCGGGAGGUGCCCGGGGUCCGGCGGGACGAGCGGCCGCGGCGGGAGGCAUCGCUGGAGGAGCGGAGCCCCACGUCACUCGCAUGUGCCGUGCCACGGCCAGUGGGUUUGUCCCCUCCCGCUGGGAUCCCAGAGGGCAGCCACCUUAGAGACACCCCCUCCUCCUUCAGGAGCCUCUGCAGUGAGGAUGUUUGUCACCCAAAAGGACACUCCUCCGUGUCAAUCAGAGCAGAGCAUGUCCGCCCAAGGACAUUCGAGCCCAGUAGCCAGGGCACAGCUGGAGGGUGGCCGGCAUGCCGGGAGUGCCCGGGAUGCGAUGAUGGCCAUGACUGGACAUCCUCCCUAAUGUCCCAGAGCAGGAAUCGGCAGCCGCUGGUCUUGGGGGAUAACAUCUUCGCAGACUUGGUUGGGAACUGGUUGGAUCUGCCAGAGCUGGAUAAGAAGGGGGAGCAGAGCGAGGAGUCUCUGUCCUUGAGCAGAUCCCAGGAGCUCUGCAGGAAGUUCUCCCUCACAGCCAACAUCUUCAAGAAGUUCCUGAGGAGCGUUCGGCCAGACCGAGACAGGCUUCUCAAGGAGAAACCUUGCUGGCUUCCACCCGAAGACAAACAGCCCCAAAUUUCUAAGAGACCCAAAAAAUUGAACAAACUCAAGGGGACAUUUUACUUCCCACUUCAUGGGAACAUCCAGAACCAUCACAGCAAAGCAGAGAGGUGCCCAAAGGCAGAAAGCAUUAGUGAGAAGCCCAGAACUGGCACCAAAAAAGUCCCCGAUACCAUAGACUACACCCAGUCUGGGUUUGACAUCAAUACAGCCGUUUGGGUCUGAGUUUGUCGGUGUUCUCUGCUCUGCCGAGCAUUUGUUUCACACUGGAGAGGAGCUGGAGGCCGUACACAUCUUCAGGAGACCCCUGCGCUGUCAACAUGGACUGAGAUGAGAGACAAGUCCGCUGCAAGCGUGCUGUGGGCUUCAGUCGCCUGCAAGAGGCAUUUUCCACAGAACUACAGCUCCAGGGGCAGUCUGAGCAGCAGCUGAUGCAGCUCCACGUGGGGGGACUUUGGGGGACCGAUAUUUGCAAAAAUAAUCAGAAUCUUCAGCAGCUUUAGGGUGCGUGGUGCCACAGAUGACCAGCUCCUGGAGCCUGGCUUCUGAUCGCCAUUUCAGGCCCAUUCCAUCAUCUCUAGUUAAAGCAGCUGCAGCACAAAAUUCACUGUGUGCAUGUGUGUGUGAGUGUGCAAAUAUAUGUAUAGUUUUUUAAAAGAGUCUAUUCCUGCUUGUGUGCACUUAAAGCUGGGUUAUAAACCAGGCAAGUCAAGCGUUGUACCUGAAGCACUUGUUAUUUAAAAUAGAAAGAACUAAGUUUGAAUUUCUAAGACUUGAGCAGUUGCUAAGCGGGGGUGUCGAACCCCUGUGGGUUUUUUCCCCCAAAACGGCACCUCCAUCGCGCUCCCAGCAUCUCUCCUUCCCCUGCAGUUGAACCCGUAGGACACAAGGCUCCUUCCGUGGAAGUUUGUGACCCUCAAGCUCUCGGUGGGUUUUGCUUCUCUCCCCGUGCCCUUCUCCCCACCAGAUCCAGCGUUGCAGAAGUUUAUUGUGGAUGUUGCACCGAGAUACAAAGUUGCAACAGACGUUUGUUGUUGUUGUUUCCUAUUGCUGUUGUGUACAAACUCCUCUUGACAGAGCCAAGUUCUUCAGUGUCCGGCUCUCCGAGAGUUACCAAUA